AUGGAGUCUAUGAUUGUUGGAGACGUCGCAGAGCUGACGGACAACCAGGGCACGCUCACCCUCUUCACCAAUGACAAGGGAGGAAUGAAUGAUGAUAUCAUCGUCACCAAGACAGACCAAGGCUACCUCUACGGGGUGUCCAACGCUGGCUGUGCAGACAAGGACUCCGCCAACAUGAAGGUCAGUACCUCCAUGGCCCAGGUGCUCCAGUCGGGUCUGACAGAUGACCUCAGCAAGCUGACCUUCAUGACCAGCACCUUGGCCACAGUGUUUGGGACCCAGGGCUGCAGGCUGACCCGCUGUGGUUCCCCCGGAGAGGAUGGAGUGGAGAUCUCAGUGCCUAAGUCUGGCGUGGUGGCCGUGACUGAGCACCUGUUGGCCAACAGUGAGGUCAAGCUGGCCGGACUGGGGGCGCGAGACAGUCUGCGGCUGGAGGCAGGCCUCUGUCUCUAUGGCAACGACAUCGAUGACUCUACUACCCCUGUGGAGGCAACCCUGUUGUGGACUAUAGGAAAGCGGCGGCUUCAGGCGAAGGAUUUCCCCAGUGCGGAAAUCAUUCUCCCCCAGAUAAAGGCAAAGACAGCAAGGAAGCGUGUGGGUCUGGUGUCCUCGGGUUAGAGGAUCUCUACUAGCUAUGACAAAAUACAAGAACAAUCUAUGUAUUUUCACUGUGGUGAGGUUUUUGCCCCUCCCCCUGCCUGAAGCAGAACAUUGCCAUGGGUUACGUGGAUGCGCCAUACGCCAAGAAUGGAACUCCCAUUCAGGUGGAGGUGAGGAAGAAGCCGGUGGUCACCAAGAUGCCCUUUAUGCCUACGAAUUACUACUCUCAAUGGACACCCAGUUUAUGCGAUCAGCCUGCAUGCCAGUGGACAGUGACCUGACCAGACAUACCUUCUCCCACCAGAGAUCAGUUUAUCAGAGCAAUUCUGCCCCCUUGUGUUUACCUCGAGCAUUGACACUCAAAGCUGAAGGACUGCGAGGCUUCUUUAGCAACAGAGAACUGGUUAUGUGUGUGUGUGUGUGUGUGUGUGUGUGUGUGUGUGUGUGUGUGUGUGGCCUCGCCUGCAGCCACAGCUCAACUCAACUAUAAACACAGCUGAACCCUUGAUGAUGAGGCUUUUCACUCCUGUUAUCUGAAGCGUGUUAAUGGUCCUCAGACCACAGUGAGUUGUAUGAAUGUUGCAUACGGUUGGAAGGACAGGGCAUGGAAAUCGCUGACUGGUCCUCAAAAGCAGCGUAACGUGCUACGUAAACCAAGAGACAAAGCAGGAUGUCGCUUGAACAGGACUAGUGUGCAAAACUUAUUUUCUCCUUUCUAAUACCAAUUAGACGUUGAAUUUUUUAAAAACGUGCAUUUUGCAGGCUUAGUGACCCAAUGACGUGUGUGUUACAUAAAUGUUCACUAAUUACUAACCUAAUACUAUAUAUCAACAGGACCAAACGCUCCAUAUGAUUCCAAAUAGGCUUGUACAAUGAUCUUAGUUCCCAACAACAUUCCCAACAAAGUGAAACUUAACAAUACAAUACAUGUUGUGUAGUGGAGGGUAAGUGCAGCUCAUCCCCUUUUUUUAACCUUCAACAAAUGACCCACCUUUUACGGAGAAAUUCGUCGAAAGUAUAGAGACCUUUACUUUUUUCACAGGGGACCGGCGAUCAGUUUUACACAACUAUAUAUUUCUUCCCACCACUACAUCACUGAUGAUAUGCGUUAACAUGUGGCCAAAAAACUUACAAGGAAAGCUUUAGAAACUAGAAGUGGGACUAUUGUAAAGUAACUUAGAGGUGUUCGGGGUCUCGCAUCUCCCUUGUACGAAUGUUUUGGGAUUGACGUGUGAAUGCCUUCAUUUUGUAUAGCUAGGUAAUUAUGUCAUUUUUGUAUCUAGCACCCUUCUAUUUUCCUUGUCAUAUAGGGUGUAAUUCACAAUAUAAUACACAUUUCCCUUCGUUGUGGAAUGCCUUAACUUUGAAGAAAUUGCUUUGUAUUUUUGGAGGUCACUAAUUUCAUGGCAUCAUGACUCCACUAGAUCAAAGUUAAAUAUUAUCUUUCACUGAUCUCAUUUGCUAAAAUGUGCUCAUUAGCUGCGAGUACGAUUGCCAUAUUUGUAUGGACUAUAGUCACUGUUUAUUCAUGCAUUAGUCAAUGGGGAUUGAUUAAUACACUAUGUUUUUGUCCAUUUAACUGAGAUUGUGUUGUUUAUAAAUGAUUCUAUAAAUAAUUAAACACGAUAAAAGGCACAAAAUAAACCAAUGAAUUAGUUUCAAACUGCUAGUGUUAUUUCCGUUCCUCACCACACAAAUCC